CUCUGAACAAGAUGGAUUGUCAACAGAAAAGGGGGACAAGGUUGAAAGAACUUUAAAUCUUUCGUUAGUGAGUCGAAUGAUUUUGUCGCCGCUGAGCGGAUACAAUAUUUCAGAAAAUAUCGAACCUCCUGAGAGUAUGCUUGUCAUACAUUUAUAAGUAAGGUUCACGUAGUUGUACAGUGUUGAUCAAUCAUGGAGGAAGACAACAGUGAAGAUAAAUGGAUCGCACCCGACUCCACAAAUGAAGCCUACCCAGUGAACGUGACGUACACGUCAAGUCACUCCAAUUUCACAUCAUCGACAUCCGUAAGCUUGUACAACCACCCACCAUAUAACAGUCACUUCAGAAGUCAGGACAGAAGCCAACAAGGGGCAUACGAUCAGCCCCCCUAUCACAUUUCCUCCCCCCAGCCGUUUUACCAGCCCUCCACUACUGGUGCGUCGUACGGAAGGUUAUCCCCGAGCUCCUACAGGGAAAUCGCCACGGACAAUGAAGCCAUAUCUUACUCUAACCUCCAGCCACAAGAGGGCCCCCAGCUCAUCAGCUCAGUGGACAGUAGUACACUUAACCAAAUGGGCUAUCAGAUGCAUCAUGUUGUCAUGGAUCCAGACAGAUUGGUCACUGUACAGAGAGUGGUCUCCCCUGUCGACUGUUCUGCUGGUCCUUCUACCGUGUCCAGUAUGUCUCACCAGGAGGCGGUCAACCAACAGCCCACACAUGCCAUUCUGACACCCGUACCGGUGUCGAGCAUCCAGAACUAUGGAUCCUCUUAUAAUGAAGUAACAAUGCCAAAAACCCUGAGGAAUGGAAACGAGGCAAUGUCAAAUGAGGAUCAGAGAUUGACUUAUACUGUUGCGAGGGGAUCAGUGACUAGUAGCAGAUUUCUUCCCAAGAAGAAGGAGAUCGCUAGGGAUAUUAUAAGUGGGGAUGCAGACACAACAAGGGAUGACAGAGAACUGGAGACUUAUCCAACAACCUCUCAGGUUCAUAGCUACAUUUUGGAGGAUGAUCAAACUGGACUUCAUUCUACGAUGGUCAAAGAGUCUGUUUCUCUCCACCACACCCACAACCAAGAGGCCAUGAUAGACACCACACAGUCAGCAGGCAUCAGCUUCUCUACGGCUGGGGAGAGCAUGGAGGCCGAAGUGGGGAAUUCAGUGAUGACCGCAGAUUUGGAUCAAUUGAACCACCAUGCAAACUUGAGAGCGAGUCUUGAUGGGAUUCAAAUGCAUCAUUUGACGAGUGUGAAGAACAAUAGAAAUGACCCAGAUUCCAUGUCAAACAUCAGGAAUGACCCAGAUUCCAUGUCAAACAUCAGGAAUGACCCAGAUUCCUUGUCAAACAUCAGGAAUGACCCAGAUUCCUUGUCAAGUGUGCCUUUACCAAUUAGGAAGUCGUCUCGUAUUGCUGAGAUGGAGAACGAACCACAGACCUGGAGAAAACCGAGAUACAAGUCCGGGAUGUAUAACUACAAUGAAAUAUGGUGUGAUGAUUGUGCGACAACCUAUGCCACUGAGUGCCCUACACACAAGCUGACCUUGGUACCAGACAAGGUCGUCCUGUCGCGUGCUUGGUCUAGUCUUCCCCCGCUACUGCAGAUUUUCAGAAUUGGAGAUCCCAGCCUUCAUCCUGCUGAAACAAAUGUCGGGGUAUUUGCUAAGAAAACGAUCCAGAAAAAUGUCCAGUUUGGGCCUUUUGUUGGGGAGCUUGUUACAAAGGAUUGUGGGAUCAAUAGCAAAUUCCCACUGGCUAUUGAGCGAGGGGAAGGAGAUAUCAACUAUUUUGAUACAUCUGAUGAAAACAAAUGCAACUGGAUGAUGUUUGUUCGACCUGCUGGGAGCUAUGCAGAUCAAAAUUGUGUGGCCUAUCAAUAUGGCCUGGAUAUUUAUUUCACUGUGACACGAAAUGUGGAGGCACGAGCAGAAAUCAAGGUUUGGUAUGCCCCUCAUUAUGCAGAGAGGUUUGGUUUUCCACAGUUGGAGAUCACAGACCAGGACAUUCAAAGAUUGGAUGACCAGGAAAAUAAGUUUAUUUGUUACGAGUGCACAGAAUCCUUCAGAACACAGAUGGCGCUCCAGAAGCACAUUAUGAUUCACGAAGUCAACACAGCAUCAGCCAUGAAGGAAACUUCUAAACUGUAUGGCUACACUCCGCCCCAGGCACAACAGCAGUACCAGACUGAGGCUGCCAGUGACAUUCAGCUCGAGGCCACAUCCACAGCAUUCGACAAAUCCAAGAAAAUCAGGCCAUCUAAAAAGACUAAGGACAUUGGUGAAACUUACAUGUGGAAGAAAAAAUCAACCAGUUUUUACUUAAACAAGACUUUAAAGAAAUACAAACAGCGACAAAACCCAGAAAACAUCAGGAAAAAUCUCAUGAAUUUGUAUCGGAGGAAAGGAAAAAGCAGCGGGGGAGGAAACGAGUGGGAGUGUCACCACUGCCAUCUGUCAUUUGAAAACUCCAAUGUGUUAAAUCUCCACAGCCUGGUUCACGCAGCAGAAGAUGUAGAUCUGGAGCGGGUUCAGCAAUACGCCAUCACCAGCAAUGAAACGGUGAUGUACGAAUCUGGCGCAAAUUACGUUCAGGUGGAUAAGAGGAUCCUGGCUUGUCCGGUCUGUCAGAUGCAAUUUAAUGACCAGAAGAUGUUGAUACAACACGCUGCAGAGCAUGGGACAUCAAAAUUCAAAUUUCUUCGGGAGAGGCCAUUCAAGUGCGACAAGUGCUGUAAAGCAUUUUAUACACAUGAGCGACUUCAGAGACAUAUUCUUUGUCAUGGGGAUGACUCGACUAAGCCACUGCAGUGUGAUGUUUGCUACAAACGCUUUAUGAACAACUCUGCCUUAUCCUGCCAUAUGAAAAUCCACAGCGACAAGAAAUACUACACAUGCCCGGUAUGCAAUGAGGGCUUCGAUCACACCAAUGCGAUGAAAUCACAUGUGGUAAAACACUGUGUAAAUGGCUACUAUAAGUGUCCAGAUUGUGAGAGACAAUUUGAGGAUUUUUUGUCUCUCAGAAAGCAUUUGAGAAGUUUUCACUCUAACAAGGAAUAUCCGUGUCCAGAAUGUAAGAAGGUGUUUCCUCGUCCUGACAAGCUCAAACUUCACAUGCUCAGACAUUCUAGUCACCGCGAGUUUAUGUGCGAGACUUGUGGAAGGCAGUUCAAAAGGAAAGACAAGCUAAAGGAACACAUCCGACGAAUGCAUGCUGGUGAUAAAGAGACAAAACCCGUCAAUCAGCAAAACAUCUCCUCGAAAAAGUUUAUCCCAAAAGUAUCACCCACAGAUUUUCACAGAUUUAUUUACAAGUGUCAUUUAUGUAUGCUAGGAUUCAAGAGAAGGGGAAUGCUUGUCAACCAUCUCGCAAAGAGACAUCCAGACAUAAACAUGGAGUCUGUACCCGAACUGAACCUGCCAAUACUAAAAACACAGAAGGACUACUACUGCCAGUACUGUGAAAAGGUUUACAAGUCCAGCUCUAAGAGGAAAGCCCACAUCUUGAAGAAUCACCCGGGAUCUGUUCUGCCCAUAAGCGCCAGGAAAAAGGUCCUGGAUAUACCAGGGUUUCCAAACCCCACAUACUCUCAGACGGUCGGCAGCAUCACCACCAUGCCACAUUCAUGUGAAUUCUGUCACAAGCAGUAUGCAAGUAAAGCCAAGCUCACCCAACAUCAGCGCAAAAAACACCCUAGCCUGGUAACCGAACAGAACUUUACUCCAAAGAAUUCAAAAGCUGAUGUCAAGGACGUUCAGCCCCCUCAGGAGCCUCAUCAGACCAGAGAGCAACCACAGCAACCUGUGCAACAUUUGGUUCGCUUUGUGGAUCCCGAGUCCGGUGUUGUUGCCUGCAUACAACAACCUACUGGACAAGAGGGGAUUCCCCAAGCAGAUCUUCUGACGCAAGCCAUGAGUGAGCUAACACACUCCCUACAACCAGUCCAGGAGUAUCGCACCAGCUUGGGAGAAUUAGCAACUGUAACAACAAGAACAGGUGGAGCACCUGGGGCAGCAAUGGUACAAGUUCAAAAUCUCCCAACUUCUCACUCCACUAUUGAGUUCAGUCAUCUGGGUUCCACAUUGUCAGGAGCCCAUUUCCUUCCCUCCAAUCAGAUGUCAGGACCCCCCAUACAGCUUACAGCUAUUGCAGCUUCAUCGACAGGAGAUCAGAUGGUGGACACCAAUUUACAGGUGAUUACUUCCCCUACACAAUCCCCGGGGAGAAGCCAAUCAAACCAGGAGUCCCAGAAUAUCAUUGUGUCCUCUCAAUCGGAUGAAGAUUUACCACAGAGACAGACAUCAGUGUCCCCAGAGGAAGAAUUUAUUCAACAAAGAGGGAGAUUAAGAUCGAGUCCGAGAAGGAGAGCUCUUACAUCAAACUCUCCUCGCCUCAAAGUUACUGAAAUAGUUGACUUGAUAUCAGAUUCCCCUAAUGAUAAGAGCGGUUGGACACCAUUAAGGAGAAAAGCUCAGGUGGACGGUAUUAAGAGGAGAUUGAAAAUGGGGGAGAUCUCGAUUAGAGUGGAUCGAGAUGAUGAAUUACAAGAUCAUGGACACGACCAAGACGACGAAGAGUUUGUUCCAAGUAAAAGGAAGAGAAGUACCAAAUCAAAGAAAACUGAGGCGCCAAAUUUACACAAGAGAUUGUCUGCAUUAAGUAGUGAACAGUUAACAAAGAUCAUAGAAAACCUGGUGGAGAAGCAUCCUGAAAUACAGCAGGAGAUAGUCAUUCCGAAUGCAGAUAUCAGCAGUUUGGUGGAGAACUUGGAGCUGUUCAAAAGCAACAUUUACAAGUCCUUUCCUAACUCUAGAUGGGGCUCCAGCAGGGAUGCCUUCUGCUUCAGACGUGUCAAAACUCAUUUAAACAGCUUUACAAAAUCCUGCAUUGAUCAGGGAAAACAGCUGGAGGCUUUGGAGUCGUGGCCAGCACUGAUAGACUAUAUUCUGAAAGCUUGGGAGUUGGUGGACGAUUUACCACUGUGGGACAAUCCUGAUCAUAACAAGGGUAGAACUAGAUGCUUCAAAACAUUAGGUGUGCAGUGUAAGAGGGCUAUUAACAGCAGUUGUCUGUCUCAGACAGAGUAUGAGGAAUUACUAUCAAGGGUGGAGGAAGCUGUUCAAGUAGAUGACAAUAUGAUGCCAUGUGUGGAACUUCUUAAGAAGAAAAUUUCUUAAGUGUAUUUUCAUGAAUCUGAGAAUCUCGUUUUAUUACAGUCACUGUGGAGAUUAAUGUAGCCAGUUAAUUAUAGUUGACUACAUUGUAUGUUUUAAGAUUCAUCAUGAAAUUAAGACAGUAGUGACAAGUGAAUAAAAUGACCUUGAUAAACAGGUGACCUUGAUAAACAGGUGCUAUCAAUUUUGAUCAUGUAUACUUGUGUCCUGGAAGCAUGUAUUGUACUUUCCAUGUUGAAAAUUGAAAGAUUGGAAUGGAUUUGCUUUGCUUUAGUACUUGACUAGUUGAAUUUGUCCGAAAUUAAAAUGUGACCAUAGACCAUUGAAGCAUGUACUCACCUCGUUAAAAAUCAAAAGAAUGAAAUGUAAAUUUUUUUAGUACUUGAUUAGUUAAAUUUGUCAGAAAUUAAAAUGUGACCAUUGAAGUAUGUACUUUCCUUGUGAAAAAUCGAAAGAAUGGACUGUAAUUUGUUUUAGUACUUGUGUUGUUAGAUUGUCAGAAAUUAAAAUGUGACCAUAAA